AUGAAGGUGAAAGUAGAGUCCACCACCACUCUCAAACCAACUUACGAAUCCACCACACGUUCUCCUCCUCCUUCAACCCAAAUCCCACUCAGCGUCUUCGACAAGGUCACCUACGCCACCCACAUCGCCGUCAUCUACGCCUACCGUCCACCCACGCCGUCAAACUCCAAGAUCAAGCUCGGCCUCCAGAAGGCUCUAGCCGAGUACCGCGAGUGGGCAGGACGGCUAGGGCACGACGAGAACGGAAACCCCGUCAUCCUCCUCAACGAUUACGGCGUCAAGCUCGUCGAAGCCAGCACCGACACUCGUCUCGAUGAGGUCAUGCCCUUGAAGCCAUCUCCUCUCGUUCUCAGCCUCCACCCUGCCUUAAACGACGUCGUGGAGCUCGUCCAGGUCCAGCUCACGAGGUUCAGCUGCGGCUCCCUCGUGGUCGGAUUCACCGCUCAUCAUCUUGUCGCGGACGGUCAUUCCACCAGCAACUUCCUCGUUGCAUGGGGAAGAGCGUCUCGCGGGCUCGACGUGGGCCCACGACCUUUCCAUGACCGUACCAUCUUCACUCCUCGAAAUCCCCCCAUGUUCGAGUACGAACACAGAGGAGUGGAGUACUACGGUCAUGAUCAUCGUUCUCGUUGCAGAACGAUCUGCAACGAGAACGAUCAUGAUUCUCUCGUGGACGAUAUCGUCAUCCACAAGGUUCAUUUCACGCUGGAUUUUUUAUCCAGGCUGAAAACGAGGUGCGCGACCAGCAACAACAAGGCGUACAGCACGUUCGUGUCGCUGGUGGCGCACCUCUGGAGGGCGGUGACCAAGGCUCGGGGCCUGGGCGGGUUCGAGACGACCCGGAUCCGGAUCUCGGUCGACGGUCGGGCCAGGAUGGUCAACCCUAGGGUUCCCAACGAGUACUUCGGCAACUUGGUGCUGUGGGCGUUUCCCACGUCGCGGGUGAAGGAUUUGCUGAGGGAGCCGCUGCCCUACGCGGCGAAGCUGAUACACGACGCCGUGGCGGGGGUCAACGACGGGUACUUCAAGUCGUUCGUUGACUUCGCGAGUCAUAGGGUUGACGAGGAAGGGUUGACCCCCACGGCGGAGAUGAACAAGGCCGUGCUGUCCCCGGAUCUGGAGGUGGACAGCUGGCUGAGGUUCCCUUUUUAUGACCUGGAUUUCGGCGGCGGGUGUCCGUACGUGUUCAUGCCGUCGUUUUUUCCGACGGAAGGGAUGAUGUUCCUGCUGCCGUCGUUCAUCGGCGACGGGAGCGUUGACGCGUUCGUGCCGCUUUUCAGGGAUAGUUUGGACACGUUUAAGGAGGUCUGCUACUUGCUGGAAUAA